AUGUUUGACUAUGCAGAUCAUCUUCGUGAUUUCAUUGUUUCAGUUUGUAGGAGUUGCACUUUCUUAAAUGGAUGGAUUUGCAGCUUAACUUCAAGAUGCUCAAUCCUGGUUGGGUUUCCUUUCAGGAAUCUGCUUUCUCCUUUGGCUGAGGAGAAUAAUAGCUCCUUAACUCUAAUGGCUGCUACAAAUCCGAUAGACAUCAGUUCCUCUGAUAGUGAGUUGGAGAUAGAAGAUGAUGAAGACAAAAUUACCUCAUCUUCAAGGCCUCUUCCUGAAUGGGCAGUUAAACAUGGCACAAAUUCAAGGGGUACUGGUCAUGCUAGGCUGUCUCAAACGAUUCCUUCUCCCAGUCAAACACAAAUUUCUAAUUUAAACCCUUCAAAUGUAAAUAACCAUGCGCAGAUAAAAAUUCCGAGACAUGAGCCCAAUGACAAUGUUAAAGCCUCAACUGUAGUUAUUGCCCUAGAUGAUGAUCCUGAAUAUUUUACUGGGAAUGGGAAUAUUGGUCAGCCUUGGACUGUUAUUUCUCGAAUUGCUAAUGGUUUUGGUACUGAUUUUGAGAAACUGACAUCUCAGCAAGCUUUAAAGAGGACUCUUCCUCCUUCUCUUCAACUAUCUGGACCAAGUAGCAAACCCUAUAUUUUAAUUGAUAAUGUGAGCAGCAAUCUGAUUCGUGAUUCUCACGGAAGCUCUAACCUUUUGGCUGGCCCUAGCUUUUCCAAUUGCCAGGGAUAUAUUGGAGAUCAUUACAGCAGGGGUAAUAGUGAUGAAAUUAUGAUGUACGGAAACACUAGUAGGAUCCUUCCUCCAACUUUGAUGCAUGGAAAGUCUGUUAAUCAUACACAGAUUGCUGGUCCUGAUGGCCAUGCGUAUCGUGCUGGAGUAAGUGAAGAAAGAUUUUCUGUAAAUGAUGAGAGAAUGGUUUACCAAGCAGCACUGGAGGACCUCAACCAACCAAAAGUUGAAGCUACCUUUCCUGACGGUCUUUUGUCUGUUCCUCUUCUCAGACAUCAGAAGAUUGCAUUAGAUUGGAUGCUUCAGAGAGAAACAAAAAGUGUGUAUUGUAUGGGUGGAAUAUUAGCUGAUGACCAGGGCCUUGGUAAAACAAUCUCGAUGAUUGCUCUUAUACAAAUGCAAAAGUAUUUAGAGUCCAAGUCAAAAUCAGAAGAUCCAGAAAAGCACAAAACUGUGGCACUGAAUUUGGAUGAUGACAAUGAUAAUGAUAAUUAUAACGAUAAUAAUAAUGAUACUGAUGAGUUGGAAGAAGUGAAGCAGAAGGGAGAAUCUGAUGAUUCCAAGUCAGUUCCGGAAGUGAGUACUUCUGCCAGGGCAGUCAGCAAACGGAGGCUGUCGGCAGGGACAUUGGUUGUGUGUCCAGCGAGUAUUCUUCGACAGUGGGCCAGGGAGCUGGAAGAUAAAGUUCCGGAGGAAUCUAAACUUUCUGUCCUCAUCUAUCAUGGGGGUAGUAGAACUAAGGAUCCUUCUGAAUUUGCCAAGUAUGAUGUAGUUCUUACUACAUAUUCAAUUAUAACCAAUGAAGUUCCUAAACAACCUAUUGUUGAUGAUGAUGAGAUUGAUGAAAAAAUUGGGGAGAGAUAUGGAUUAUCUUCUGAAUUUUCAAUUAACAAGAAGAGGAAGAGAGCAUCUCACGUUGGUAUGAAGAUGAAAAAGGGUAAGAAAGAUAUUGACAGCUCCACUAUUGAUCCUAGCGCUGGUGCACUAGCUAAACCAGCUUGGUUUAGGGUGAUACUGGAUGAAGCCCAAACAAUAAAAAAUCAUCGAACACAAGUUGCUAGAGCCUGCUGCUCUCUUCGAGCUAAGCGUAGGUGGUGCUUAUCUGGAACACCUAUACAAAAUGCUAUCGAUGAUUUAUACAGCUAUUUCAGGUUCCUGAAAUAUGAACCAUAUUCAGUAUAUACAGCAUUUUGCCAUGGGAUAAAAGGUUCUAUAGCUAAAGACUAUGUAAAAGGUUACAAGAAGCUGCAAGCUAUUCUGAAGGUAGUAAUGCUGCGACGCACAAAAGCAUCCUUGAUUGAUGGGGAGCCGAUAAUUAAGUUGCCGCCAAAGUCAGUUCUCAUGUCUAAAGUGGACUUUACAGCUGAGGAGCGGGAUUUCUAUACCCAGCUAGAAGCUGAUUCACGUUCUCAAUUUAAGGCAUAUGCAGCUGCUGGCACGGUGAACCAAAAUUAUGCAAAUAUUCUUUUGAUGCUUUUGCGCCUUCGUCAGGCUUGUGACCACCCACUCCUUGUCAAAGGAUUUGACUCCGACUCCAUUCGAAAGUCUGACUCUGUUGGACAAGUUUCUGUGGAAAUGGCAAAGUCACUUCCUAGAGAAAUGCUGAUUAAUCUAGUGAACUGCUUGGAAGCUUCUGCCAUAUGUCUUGUAUGCAAAGAUCCACCUGAUGACCCUGUUGUUACCAUGUGUUGUCAUGUUUUCUGCUACCAGUGCGUGUCGGAACAUCUGACUGGUGAUGAUAAUACAUGCCCUGCACGUGGAUGUAAAGAACAACUUGGCGCUGAUAUAGUUUUCUCUAGAAGUACUCUUAGGAUCUGUAUUGCGGAUGGUUAUAAUGGUAGUCUUGUGCAUCCUCAGUUUGAAAAUUCAGUGAUUUUACAGGAUGAGUACAGUUCAUCAAAAAUCAAGACUGUCAUUGAAAUUCUGAAGUCAAAAUGUUUAUUAAAGAAUUCAAGUCUGGAAUCGCAGAGUGCUAUUGGAUGCAGUGAAACUUCUUUGUCCUCUGAGCAGACAUAUAAAGAAACUGACCAUUCAGGCAUUAGAGUUGUAAAGCGCACAACAGUUUAUUCCCACUCACUAGCUGACCGACCGAUGAAAGCAAUUGUUUUCUCACAGUGGACUAGAAUGUUAGACUUAGUGGAGCACUCACUACGUAAUCAUAGUAUAAACUAUAGGAGGCUUGAUGGGACAAUGUCUUUAGCUGCGCGAGACAGGAAUGUCAAAGAUUUCAAUAAUGACCCUGAGGUUACUGUGAUGCUCAUGUCGUUAAAAGCUGGAAACCUUGGUUUGAAUAUGGUUGCUGCAUGUCAUGUUAUCCUUCUGGACCUUUGGUGGAAUCCAACUACUGAAGACCAGGCUAUUGAUCGAGCACAUAGAAUUGGACAGACUCGUCCUGUUACUGUAACUCGAAUCACCAUUAAAGACACAGUCGAAGAUAGAAUAUUAUCUCUUCAGGAGGAGAAAAGAAAAAUGGUUGCUUCUGCUUUUGGUGAAGAUCAAAGUGGGAGCUCUGCAACUCGAUUAACCGUGGAAGAUCUCAGAUAUCUAUUUAUGGGUGAUUAGCCAUCUCCAUUUUGUUGCAUUCUCCUGGCAUUUUAUGUUCCUCCUUGUAGUUUCCAUCAAAAAGAGUGAGAUUUUUGUAAAUUAAGAUGGUGACUCUCAAUUUUGAAGUCUAGAGGCAAUUUUUUGUUCCCAUCAAGUGCAGACAUAGGAAGGCAAGGGCAUCUUGUAAAUAUUUUAAUUAUUUUGUAAUGCAUAUCGAACCUUUUUAGUUAUCAUAGUUAACCCUUUUUGUUCGUAAUGUAAUACAUAGUGUUAUUUCCGGAUUA